AUGGUCAAGGUUCUCCUCACCGGUGGCAGUGGCUUCAUUGCGGCUCACAUCGUGGAUAUUCUCUUGCAACAUGGAUUCGAUACCGUGGUGACCGUUCGGUCGGAAGAAAAGGGCCAGCGCAUUCUUGACGCUCACCCCAACACGCCCAAAGAAAACCUCUCAUUUGUUAUUGUCAAGGAUGUUGCUGAGGAUGGCGCCUUCGAUGAGGCCGUCAAGUCAAACCCGCCAUUUGACUAUGUUCUCCACACAGCAUCGCCUUUCCACUUUAACAUCAGUGAUCCCGUGAAGGACUUUUUGGACCCCGCUAUCAAGGGAACUACUGGUAUCCUCAAAGCCAUCAAAGCCCACGCUCCCUCUGUGAAGCGGGUCGUGGUCACAUCAUCAUUUGCGGCAAUUGUGAAUGCGAAGCAACACCCGAAGAUCUAUAGUGAGAAGGAUUGGAACCCCGUAACAUGGGAAGAAGCUCAGGACCAUUCACAAGUUUAUCGGGCCAGCAAGACCUUCGCCGAGAAAGCAGCAUGGAAGUUUGUUGAAGAGGAAAAGCCCAACUUCGAUAUUGUAACCAUCAAUCCACCCUUGGUUUUCGGUCCCAUCGUCAAUUAUCUGAACUCUUUGGAGGCCAUUAACACUUCAAAUCAGCGGGUGCGGGAUCUAGUCCAAGGUAAAUACAAGGAAAAAAUUCCCCCGACGGGAACCUUCCUCUGGGUGGAUGUUCGUGAUGUUGCACUGGCACACGUCAAGGCCAUCGAAAUUGCUGAGGCGGGCGGCCAGAGAUUUUUUGUCGUGGCUGGUUACUUCUCUAAUAAGCAAGCUGUCGAUGCUAUCCGGGAGACACAUCCUAAAUUGGAAUCAAAGCUUCCUUCUCCUACCACGGUGGAUGACUUCCCCAGCAAUAUUUUCGAGUUUGAUAACAGCAAAUCCCGGGAAGUGUUGGGGUUGAAAUAUCGGCCUUUUAAGCAGACUAUCUCGGACACGGCCGACUCUCUGCUAGAAGCCGGUGCUUGA